CAUUUCGGCGACACUAUUAUUGGUCGAUUACGCUGAACUGAGGAACAAACAUGGCACAAUCCCCUCUUAAAAUCCUUGCUUGCGGUGACGUGGAAGGAAGAUUUUCGCAACUGUUUUCGAGAGUGCGAAAUGUUGUGAAGAAAGCUGGUCCGUUUGAGAUGCUGUUGUGCGUAGGAAAUUUCUAUGGGACAAGUGAGACCGCUCUAGCGGAUUGGAAGUUGCUUCAGUCUGGAGAACUGAAAGUGCCUCUACCAACCUACAUACUUGGGCCCAACCACCCAGAUCAUUCCCUUUUCUUUGAUAACCAAGAAGGAGGAGAUGUGUGUGAAAACUUAACCUUUCUAGGCAAGCGUGGCAUCUACUCGACUGCGUCAGGGCUGCAGAUCGCAUACCUGAGUGGGCUGGAGUCUGCAGGCAGGCCCGAUGAUGGCUGUCUCUUCAGCAGAGGAGAUAUUGAUGCGCUGGGGUUACCUCUCAUCUCUAAUAGCAAGUUCAAAGGAGUCGAUGUUCUUCUCACAUCGCAGUGGCCAGCUAAUGUCACACAGUAUACCCGUGAUGCAGAAAGUGUGAAACCUGCUCAAACGUCUCAACUACUUGGUGACCUAGUCUUGGCGUUAAGACCUCGUUAUCACUUUGCUGGCAUGCAGGGUGUGUUUUACGAGAGGACGCCGUACAGGAAUCACAAGGUGCUAGCAGAGAGCACCAAGCAUGUCACAAGAUUCCUGGGCCUCGCCAAGGUUGGAAAUCCAGAGAAGAAGAAGUACCUGUAUGCGUUCAAUAUCACACCGAUGAGCAAGUUAAAGCAAGAAGAACUGAUCAAACAACCUGAGGAAGUCACAGAGUGUCCUUUCACUUGGUCUAAGAGAGAAGAACCAAAGGAAACGAACCAGUUUUUCUUUUCCAAAGGAGAUCCGUCGAAGCAAGGUCAGAGAGGUCCGAAGAGGCAUCAUGGGGGUAAUAAAUCAGACAAUCAAAGACAAAAUGACGGUCAUAGGCAACAUGACGGUCAAAGACACCAUGACGGUCAAAGGCAGAGGGAUGGACAGUUACAACACAAAAUAAAGAAACAACCACAACCAACAGGCCCAUGUUGGUUCUGUCUUGGGAGCCCGAAAGUUGAGAAACAUUUAGUUGCUAGCAUCGGCACAUCGUGUUAUUUGGCUUUAGCAAAGGGAUCCCUUGUUCCUGACCACACCUUAAUUCUUCCCAUUGGGCACUACCAAUCCAUGUUAGAUCUCACAGAGGAAGUACAGGCUGAACUUGAUCAAUUCAAAUCAGCGUUGAGGAAGUACUACUCAUCGAUAGGAAAGACGUGUGUCAUAUACGAAAGGAAUUUUAGGACACAGCAUCUUCAGCUUCAGGUCAUUCCCGUUGAUAAGUCGAAGGCAGAUGACAUCAAAGAGGUUUUCUUCAGGAUCGCGGAGGAACACAAGUUAGACUUAGCCGAGAUACCUCAACACACAGAUCUAAAACAGAUUUUGUCUGUAGGGUCACCUUACUUCUAUGCAGAGCUGAAUGAUGGAGAGAAAAUCUUGCACAGAAUAAAGAAAUUCUUUCCUUUACAGUUUGGCAGAGAGGUGAUGGCAGCUGAAGAAUUGCUUGAUUUGCCCGAGAGAGUGGACUGGAAGAACUGUAGCAUCAGCAAGGAAGAGGAGAUGAAAUUAGUCUCGACGUUUAGAGAACAGUUUGAGCCGUUCGACUUUAAUCUCUGAGACGGACGUGUGGUAUCCCGCGGAUUCGAUGUGGUCCUGAUAACCAUUUCAUGCAAUUUGUCAACACUGACAAGAUGUCGUUUAAUAUCCGACAGAUACCAAUGGUAAUUGUCGGAUGCCUGUGCUCAUCGGCAGAUUAACUUGUUAGACAGCAGAUGUUUAUGAGACGAUCGCCUGAUAUUCAGGUUUUUUUUUUAUCUGUUGAAUAAUCACGGAAGCAGUUUUUCAAUGGCUAUGCUGGCAUUGCAGCCGUGCGACAUGCAAGUCUUCUGUUCUUCUUCGUGAGACGGAUGCUGUAGCUGCCCUGCAUCCAGCUGCCCGUUGUCCGAAAGCAGACGCAAAACAUCAGUCUGCACUAUGCUGCUUGUUACCCAGGUGUUGAGUGGAUUUAAUGUACGUCCAUUUUAAUCCAUAAAACUCUUUUCAAUUUUCAUGCAAGUCAUUUUUAACCAUCUUUUUAAAACUGCGUGGUGCUAGUAAAACUCAAGCGGAAUUUUUUUGUGACGGUCAUAUUCUCAUUUGCUUGUACUAGUAUAUACCUACAGUUGAGGCCAGAAGUUUACAUACACCCAGGAAGUUUAUACAAAAGUUGCCACUUGCCAAACAUCAUAAAAUUUACUGUAUCUUAUGAAAUAUUUGCGCUAUCAUGACGAAUUUGAUAUUAAACAAAUGAGUAUGUCAUGCCCCUUCAUCACAUUGCUUUGUCAUCAGGAGCUGAAAAAUGUUUAGGUGUCAUUUUGGAAAAUUGGAACCAGUGGGAUUCGAACCUGACUUUUUUCUGACUUAUGAUUUUCAUUACAGAUCGAGCAUACCAAUCUUAAAUAAAUAGGAGUAAUGCCGAAAAUUUGUAAACAAAUUAAAAUUUCCUCCUAUUAAAGCCUCUUCAUUUACUAUUUAUUGUCCACAGCGGACGGGUUUCAUUCUCCUUUAAACAAAUAGUUUGAUCUAAGCAUUACAGUAUACACUCUCAUAUCAAUCUACUCAAAUUUAGAUGUACCUUAUCAAAGGGGCACUAAGAAUAUCUUUUAAAAUGAUAAAAGACCUAAUACAAUUUAUGGCUUCAACCCAGUAAAUUGUAUUUACAUUAUGAUAAUUUACAUAUACCAUAUUUUAUAUAAAUUGUAAAAUAUUUUCAUUACAAUGAAACUUUCCCAGCAAGCCUUUAACACUCCAUAAAAGAUCUUGUCGAAAAGACAAAUAUAGUGUCAUUUGGAGGAAUAGAAUCUAUUCACUUUUACUGAAAUCUUCUAAAUCUGUUAAGUAAUAGUGCUCAUGUGAUGAUUAUGGUAUCUGUUUUGAAUUUUAAUAGAUUGUUUUUAAAGUAAUGUGAAUAAUAAUUCUUUAGUCAAAAUGUUAGAGCAUGGUACCACACGUGCAGAAGUUUGCAAGGAACAUAUUACCGUUAGAGUCAAAGAGUUGUCAUAUUUAGCUAACUAUGGGCAAUCCCUUAAAAAAAAAUUUUGUACAUGUGAUUCCCAUUUUUCCCCCUUCUUAACUUCGUGAACUGCCUAAGCCAUAAAUUGUAUUUUGAGAUCAUUACAACUUUUCAUAUAUAAGAAUAAGAAAACAGAGACUAGUCAUUCUUCCAUAAA